AUGGUGGUGGGUGGUGACGUAGUGUUCGUUAGCUGCCGAGGAAACCAGGGACUUGUGAGAGUCCGCGGCCGUGCGGUGGAGGUGGAUGGAGACUUAGGAGUGGUCGUCUUGGCCUGUCAGAGCUCAAUUGGCCGUCACCUCGACCAAAAGAUAGAGGCCGGCGAGGAAGGCAAGCGUCUCACUUUUUUGAAAGUUCCACUCUCUGCUGCCAGCACAAAAACUCCACCUGGGUGGGGGUCAGUCGUCGGAGGCUCUGCUCCAGAGUUAGACGAAGCUCUCCCACUAUGGGACAAGGUGUCGAAAGAAAUGGCACUGGAAAGCAGCGAAGCCGAGGUGCAGUCCCCGGCUAUGCAACCCAAAAAAGUGAAAACCUCAAUGGCGGCGGCUGGUGGUCGCAAAAGUCAGCCGUCUGGUUUAGCGGAGGAGCUGCAGCGAAUGCAGCAGGACCUGUGGGGAAAGUCGGGGGGGGGCAGCAGCGAAGACGAAAGCAGCGAAGAAGAGACAGAAGAAGAGCUUCCCCCCCGUUCUCGCAAGCACUUGGCUCCAGGUGCGAGUGCGUUAAAGAAGCCUUCGAAGAAGGACUCAGCUGCGUCCAGCAGCAAGUCGAAGCGAGACAAUCCGCCCGGUCUCGAAGAAGUGAUGGGGCAAGCAGUCGCUUCCGGCGCGGACGCCACUCAGCUCCUUCCCAUGAUGAUGAUGGCCUACAUGAUGAAGCAAGACAAGGCGGCCGAGGAAAAGAAGAAGCGAAGCAGAAAGAAGGGCAGGUCCCUUGGUGGUUCCGGCUCCGACACCUCAAGCGAGACGGAGGACGAAGAGGCCGGUGGGUUGAAGGCAGUCGACGCCUUGAACCACAUGCAUCGGCGGAUUACCCGUCACCCGAAACGAUUGAUUCGGGAAUUCGAAAAGACAAUCGUGGAAGAGCUUGGGGUAGUCCCAGGACAAGCUUGGAGUGUAAAAGAGUGGGUUCGGAAGCAGAACUUCGGCAAGUUCAAGGGGCUGUACCGGGCGACUAUGAUGGACGUGGCUGUGUACGAGUUCUUGAGAGGCGGCGACGAAGCAGCGGCAGCUGCCCAGUUGACUCAGAACAUCAAAGCCAAGAUCCAGUGCUGCUUGGCCGGAGGAGAUUGGUCCACAGCAUGGUUGCUGACAGGCCUGCAAGACCCGCUGCUUCGCCGCGAAUGGGCGGGAACGCGGGAAGAGAUGUCGAUCGUCAGCGGCUAUGUCCGAGCAUUAUCCAAGGUCAGGAAGCAUGUCAAAGAGGCGCACCAGAGCGCCGAGACGAAGGAAGACCAAGAGAAUUCAAAGUUUUUGAAGUUCUUUGACUGGCAGAAGAGUGUCCACAGUAGCGAGCCGGUUCUGACUGGCUAUGUUGAACAAGCACCACUUUUCCCUUGCUCCUUGCCGUUCCCCGAGGCUUUCAAAGUCAGUGGGGAGGCAAUCGCUGGCGAAGCGAGACGGUUGCAUUGGGCCAAAGCUUACUUGAAUUUUUGGGUAGCAUGGUCUAACUACAUCGUCCUGGGUUGCCCUGAUUGUCGGGGGAAGACUAGAGAGCCGCGAGGAGGCUUUGUAAAGUCUGCUGAAGUGCACACACUUUGCAUGAGCUUGCUUGGCGAGGUGGUCGAAUUCAUCGAUGUAGGUUUUUGUACAGAAUCGGUGAGCUUUGAUGGUAGCCGUUCCGUUGUGGAUGAGGCUUUGACGAGCUUGCAGAAGAUGGAUGCAUGUUCAGGUGCAGGCGAAGAAUCCGGGAGACUUGCCCGGAAGCUGAAUGUCGCCAUUCCGGUGGUGUCUGAACGUGUGGCAAUCCCAGCGAAGGCCGGAUCAGUUGACCCGCUGGCCUGGUUGCCACCAGAAAGGAGAAGUGUGGUAGAAGACUUGGGGCAGCUUUGUUUGGCAGAACCUUUGGGAGGAGGGCCUGCGCGUCCCUGUCACCAGGUGUCUGAGAAGGAGGAAAAGAAGUUGAUCCAGCGCUUGUUAGCUGCGCAAAUGAUCACCCUGGUGUCGGAGGACGAGCUAGAGCGCACUGCAGAUGGUAGAUUGUUGGUUGGUGGCUUUUUCUGCGUUCGAAAGAACAAUGUCGAAGACCGGUUGAUCUUUGAUAGGCGGCCAGCCAAUGCUAUGAUGCAGCGCUUGGAUUGGGCUCAUCUCCCGGCCGGAGCCUGCCUGGCAAAGCUGCUUCUGGAGCCUGACGAGUUCCUUCGUGGCUCGGGAGAUGACUUGAGAACGUACUAUUUUUCUUUGGCUCUCCCACAGAAUGCCUAUAAGUUCAAUGCUGUAGGUCGUAGGGUUGACCCCAAAUUGGUCGCUUCCCUGGGAAAAGACCCCUCUGUUCCGCAUCGAGCAGCUAUGCGAGUCUUGGGUAUGGGAGAUUCAAAUGCCUGCGAUAUUGCGCAAGCAGUUCACGAAUACGUGUUGGAGCAGCAUGGUCUCCUUUCCCCCCAGUCAAAAAUGGUCUAUGGACGCCACCUUCCUGAUGGACCCACGCUGGAAGGGGCCUACCUGGAUGACCUACUAGUGAUUGGUCGCGUAAAAGCAGGAAGAGAUGUGGAAGUGGAUGGCUCUUUUGAACCUCCAGAGCCGCGACCUUCGGAUCCGGACAUGCGGCAAGUGAGAGCAGCAGAGUUAGCUUAUGAGCACGCCGGCUUGGAGCGAGCUUUGCAUAAGUCUUUUCGAGCUGAGCUGAACUUCAAAGCAUGGGGAGCAGAGAUAGAUGGUGUGAAAGGCACAGCCGGCGUGCCAAUAGCGGUCCGUCGGCAAGUGUGGCAUCUCUUUAGCCGGGUGGUAGUGAUGGGCAAGGGCACUAAGAACUUGUUGCAACGGUUGCUGGGGUACGCUGCUUUUUGCUUCCAGUUUCGACGGGAAUGUUUUUCAUUACAACACCAUGUAUACAAGUACUUGGAUAGUCUGACCGACGACAAGGUGUAUAGGUUUCCUGGUUUUGUAUUAGAUGAACUGCGGGGAAUGAUGCUACACCUUCCAUUUUGUUGCUGGAAUAUGAGACGUUCUUUUGCGGAAGAGAUCAUAGCAACGGAUGCAACGCCCAGUUCAGGAGGAGCAACAAAAGCUUGCCUGCCAAAGGCCCUUGCUCAGAAGUUGUGGAAGCACACAGAGGUUAGGGGCGAAGCCGUCCGCCUAGACCGCGAUGCUUCUGAAUUUGAUUGGGUCAUGGGAAGAGAACCGCGUGAACCUUCCCGCUUUGCUAGCCAAGUAGGAGAAAGUCUGCAGUGGAGGAUUGCUUCAAGCUAUCACUUUAGGCACACAGCUCACAUCAACCUACAAGAAGCACGGGCAGUGAAGCGAGAAGUGGUGCGGCUGGCCAGCGCUCCUCUUUCCCGUGAUCGGGUGCAUUUCUUUUUGAACGAUAGCAGAGUGGUGGUGGGCGCCUUUACAAAAGGUAGGUCCUCUUCUUUUCGGUUGAACGGGCUUCUUCGAUCGACGUUGCCGUACCUCAUUUUGUCACGCAUGGUUCUGGGCUUCCUUUGGGUGGAGACGGACAGCAACCCAGCUGAUCACCCUUCCCGUUUUCGUGAACUUCCUUGGCAAAAACCCCCUCCUCUUUGGAUGCGGAAGCUAGGCGUCGAUUUUUUGGCAAAGCCUGGGCUGGAAGUUUUUACGGAAAGUGCAAGGCUGACUCAAGCUUGUUUGCAACAAGGCUUGUCCAUGUUCGAACCUGUAGACGCCAGCGCUACGUGGAUCGAAGAGGCAAUUUGUCAAAAGAAAAUUGGUUGGAUAUGGUUAGCCCCUCCGUGUGCCACGUUCUCUGCACUCAGAAAUUUGGACAGAGGAGGGCCCUUACGGCCACGUGGCAACCUUCUGGGGAACGAGAGGAACCCCGACAUAGCGCUGGGAAACUUUUUGUGGCGACGCGCGUUGUAUUUGGCUGAACUUGCGAAUGUUGGCUUGACCAGAGCCUACAGGUGGUUGCGCUGGUGGGUGGCCGACAAGAAGCACACUAGCAAGAUUUUUCCUGGCACACGCUACUUGUGGGACAAGCAUUUCAAAGAGGGUUUGCGGUCCCACUCUAGCCAGGGGGAACGCUCUCAAGUCCAAGCGCCGCGGCGGCGCACAGAGCGGAAGCGAAGCUCAUCUCCAAAGCAUAGCCAGCAAAGGGGCAGGCAAGCAAAUCGAGGUGAUCUUCCACCCCCCUCGUUAGAGGACCCUGGUAGCUCAGCUGGAGGUGUUUUGGCGCGGCGAGGUCAAGUGUUGCGCGCAGUGGAACUCGCUUCAAACGAACUGACCCCAGAAGAGUUGGCAGCUUUAGACGACCCUGGGUUUAGACAGCAGGCUGCAAGAUGGCGUUCUGGCAGUGGCUCACGGCGGGUCUCGGCGGCCUUCGCCCGCCUGUUGACAUCUCUGUAUACUAUUUUCCCUGGCUGGGCCACGGCUGAUGGGUUGGCACAGUCGGCAGCCCCGCCCAUAGUCGAGGCCUUGCCCUUUGACCAGAGUUCUCAGCCUUCGUUGCGGGUGUGGUGGCUUCGCUUCAGCAUGGGCUGGCAAAGCUCCCUGAGAUGGAUGGUUAGUUAUCGGAGGACUCUGUGGGCACUUUUGCUGUUGCUCUUAUUUCCGCGUGUGGUGGCCGCUCUCAUCGCUACUGUGGUGCGCCUCUUCAUUCGGUUGAUGCUCGCAAUUACCACUCGACUCCUUCGUGAUCUAUGGCUCGAGCUUGGUGGUGUGGUGAACCAGUUGUCUUCCGUGUCUCAGGGAGUGGAGACCGCUUUGAUGUCCCAACUGGAGCAAAUCUUGGUAGAUUGGUGGCCUCCGGCCACUUCUCAACCCUCCCUCCAACCGGCUGACCCUCCUGCCGGGACGCCUGCCGGCCUUUGUUUACCUUGUUUUCACUUUGAGAAUGCGGAGCGCUUCUUCUUUGUCAAGGCCUUUGGCCGAGGCUCGUAUGACAAGGAGACGACAAUUCUCAAAAAGUCCUUCUGGGAAGUCGCCACCGCCAGCCCCGAUGCCGCGCUUCUGAAAAUAGCACAGCAGUAUGCAGCUGCGGAAUUGGUUUUUGAUGUGUUUCAGUGCUUCGUACUGUGGUGGCUGAUCGAGGAAAAGAAUGCGCAGCUCAAAGAAGAGAACUGGCAAGGUGCGCGGCCUGCAGGUCAAAAGCGCGCCACGGCCAAGCAGCAGGGAUGGAGAGCAGGAGGAGCACCGCCCACGCCGGCAGAAGGGAACGCGCGUGUUGCUCGAAGCCGACGCGACGGUGUUGCUCAGCUGCGAUGGAUCGGGUACCCCUUAAAAGAGCUUCUGGAUCAGAAGGUGGAAAGCUUCAAGGAAAUCCUCCCACCAAUGGUGAAAUUGUUUCAGGGGAUCGAUGGCGAACAAAUGCUGGAGCUCGCAGACUUCUUUGUUCACGUGGUGGAGACGACCAUGGACACCUUCUGGGUCGAUGGUCUACAUCUGUACCACGACCUGGCAAAGCGUCGUGAAGACCAAGCGGCCUGGUCCGGCCUAGCCGACAUGGAUCUCAUUCAGCAAGUCUUGGCCCAUCCGCAAGAGGUAAGCCUCCGGCUGCAGCGGUCUCAGGAGAUGAAGGACCUGAUGGCUAUAGCCAAGACUUGCCUUCAAGGACCCAAGUUUCGGGUGACGCCCGAGGAGUUCAACGAGUUGGAACAGCUCAACAGCUUUCAGCAGCUGCUCUACAAGGUGGAACAGGGAGAAGCCAAGGCGCUGGCAGAUGAGACGCCCAUUGUGGCCAACUCACCGGUGCAAGAUGGCGCAGUUCGCGCCAUCUAUGCCGGGGUGCACCAGGCUCCCCUGCUGCACCCAGCGCCUCCUGUGCCGGCUGUGUGGACCCCAGCUCAAGUCAGUUUGCGCCAGCAAGGAUUUUCAAACAUGGAUGAAGGCUUCUUGUUGAGGAAUAAGGCUGUUGCGCCGUGAAGUCACAUUUGCAAAAAAGAUCAUUGCCAAACAGCCAAGUGAACCUGUGCGGGCUGGAUCUUUUUUUGGGGAGAAAAUUAUUUUCAAAAAGGCAAAUGCUAGAAACUAAAGAUCGACAUUACAACAACACCUCUGCAUAUCGUUUUUCCAUGGUUUUUCCUGC